AUGUCCACCAAAGCAAUGACUCGCAAUAUUCUGGACCGCGCAUUCGCCUACUUUUCGAUCGCCCUGAUCACCUUGAUCUUCUGCUUCAUCUCUUUCCUGGUACUCCAGAAACAAAGAUUCUACCAAUUCUACAGUAAUCGCGCCGAGACACAGCGAGCAAAACAUGAGGAAUCCGCUGGAAAUCAAGGAAAACUGACCACCUACAUUGCGACGUUCAAAGAAGCAUUUCCAAUGCUGAUCAAUGUAUUUUUGGUGUUUUUCGUCACUCUUUCCAUUUUUCCAGGAGUCAUGAUGUAUGUGAAGGAUGAGAAGAAUGGAGGAACUUACGAUUUUCCAUUGCCACAGAACUAUUUCAUGGAUGUCACCACUUUUCUUCAAUUCAAUGUUUUUGCCUUUAUCGGAUCGAUAGUGGCUGGGAGAAAACAAUGGCCGUCCCCUAACAAACUCUGGAUUCCCGUCUACCUUCGUCUCCUCUACAUUCCAUUCUUCGCAUUCUGCAACUAUCUUCCGGAGACUCGUACCUGGCCAGUGUUCUUCGAAUCCACGUGGAUUUUCGUCAUCGUUGCCGCCUCGAUGAGCUUCGGAAGCGGAUAUUUCUCCGGACUCGCAAUGAUGUACACCUCGAAGAGUGUGGACCCAAUGAGAGCUCAAGUCGCUGGAAUGAUGGCUGGAUUCUUUUUGAUUUCUGGAAUUGUGUCAGGACUCAUUUUUACAAUGGUCAUCAAAGCUUUCGUCACUGCAUAG